ACGGUUGUUAUUCGAUUUUAUUUAAACAAGUUGCACAUUAAAAAAAAGCAACAAAUGUUCACGUUAUCCACAAGAAACACUAUAUUUUAAUAUAAUAAUGUAAUCAGACGAAUACUACCAUGAACUUUAUGGUACACACAUAUACCUAGGUGUUAUGUUCAUGAAUGGUGUCCUAUAUCUGCUAUACGGCUACUAGGUAUAUUGAAAUAAGAAUGGGUGAAAAAAACUUGGAUUUGUAUAGACAAACGCCUAUAAGGUAUUUAGGAUACUCGAACGAAGUAGGAGAGGCGUUUAGAUCAAUAAUUGGGAGAAAAUGGGUCAACUUUUCUUAUGCUGUAGCCUCAUUUUACGUGCUAGCCGAUACUGCUGAUAAAAGCGCAAAAUCUUAUAAGAUUCAUUAUGAUGAAAUAAAACACACGAAGAAAGUAUUGUUUACUACUGCAGAUACCCUGAUAUGGCAACUACUAGCAUCAGUUAUUCUCCCAGGAUAUACAAUAAAUAGAGUAUGUGCCCUUUCUGGGUUUCUCAUCAAUCGCAGCAGAAAAGUUCCGAAAAAUACUAGCAAAUGGAUAGUAACCGGCAUUGGCCUAAUUACCAUACCUUUUAUUAUCAAACCAAUAGAUAGGUUCGUUGAUUAUGCUCUAGAUAGCAGCUUAAGAAAGUUCCAGCCUUAGAUAUUCGUUCAGGAAUAAUGAAGAAACGUGGUAAAAGGGGAUUCGUAAAACAUCAAGUUUGAAUUAAAACGAAUGCUUCACACCGUAGUAAAUUAUGAAAGCGAAUCUAGAUUUCACUUUCUAGUCUAAAGCGCAAUAUUUUUCACUGUUAAUAUAAUAUUAAAAUAUAAUAAGUUACAUCUGAAAACAUCACUUGCCAAACUUGUGACAGAUAAGUGAUAUAUUUCAUGUUGAAAGAUUAAUAAAGUUGUAUUAAACACUGUA